UGGGGAUUCAAGACGAUGUCUGUAAUUCGGUUCAGUCUCUCAUCUCUCCUCUUGCAGAUCACAUCCCAUGACAGUGGGGCACAACUUGGCCAAACCUGUACAUUGAUGGAAGAUAGACCUGACCAGAUCAGACAUGACCAACCACCCUUCAAACUCAACCACCUCAAACCUACCACUGUAUCUUGGGAUUGUCUUAUCUGUCUGUUCCUCUAUCCAGGGUUCGAUGAUCUCCACAUCAUGUGAUGUAGGGCAGUCUGCAGUGCUGCCCUGCCUAGUCUCCUCACUUCACCGGUCUCCACCCUCUCCUUACAUACAGUGGCUGAGCACGUCGGAAACAGUGUUUGAGGGCAUGGGCACAGAGAAGUUUCAGGGCCACGGGUAUGAGGGACGAGCCAAUGUGCCCCAGCAAAUGCUGGAACAAGGCAACUGCUCUUUGUUUCUGGAAGACGUCCGGCUGACAGACUCUGGCGUGUACGAAAGCUACCUGGUGGUUGGCAAUACGAAAGUGAAAAGGAAGGUUUUGCUGCAGAGUGUUCAGUUCAUUGUCAGGGACCACAAGCUGAAGAAGACGGUGGAGAGGGGGAGGGACCUGGAGCUGGAGCUUUACACUCCUCAGGCCAAGCAAGUGGUGUUUCAGCCCCGGAGGCUCUCCCAGUGGGAUGUCCUUUGGAAGAAGAAAGGGAAAGGGUCCCAGAUGACCCUGCAUCCCCGGGCCAGGGAAGGCAGCUUGACGGUUGUCAUUGAAAACAUCACAUGGAACGAUGAGGGCACCUACCGUGUGUUGGAUGAAAAUGGAUUGGCUCUGAGCACGGUGAUGGUCACAGUAACAGAACCUAGCCCUGACAAGCCAGAACAGACUCAACAGAAAAGGCAAUUCCUUGAGGACCGCUCAGCAGGCAGCAGGUCCUAUCCAGGCCUCCCCCUCUUCUUGCUCUGUGGCUUUAUGCUUUAUUUCAUUUGAUUGGGGGUGGAAGUGAAAGAACAUUUCAUGAUCAGAUCAUUCAUCAAUGGAUAACACCAGCUGCAAACCACUUGCAUAAGCAAAUUCUGCAAAAGUAUUGUGAAUGUAAGACUAUUUGUUUUUUAUCUGUGCAUCCUUUUGUUAACAUAACUGACUUCUGAUGUCAUGUAGUGUGAAUAACUUGAUGAAAUGUAUGUAGAGUGUGGAACAGACAGCAUGAAAGACACAGUGGGAUAGUUGACAGCAGAAUAAUGUGUGCAUAUGUGUUGGAAACAGUUAGGUCAGAUAAGUAUGAUAUGAAGGUCAGCUCACCAUAGACAUACCACACAACAGGUACAAAUAUGUGGAUUGUCUGUAGUGGAGUUAUCUGGUUGAAAAAAAAAGAACCAUUGUUGUGUUUGAUUUAAGGGGACAGUGUAUGGGUGACACUUGCAAGUCAACUGGUCUAUCUGAGUUUUUUUGUUGUAGCAACUUUUUACAAACCAGGAGGACUGUGCUUGUGUACUUGUGUGGUUAUAUGUACAAUCAUUCUCACAUCUCAUAAUAUUUAUUACUGCAAUUUGUACAGAACUGAACUGAUAAAAGUUUUUUUGAAGAUCA